GGCAUUUCUGCCACAAAAGACAGACAGACUCCCAAGUAAUUACAAUUGCAAAAAUAAAAAUAAAUAUCCGACCUACAAUAAAAGUGAAAGUGCUAUCCUACCAGUUCGCCCAAGAACAACUAAAACCGCAAUUGAUUGCUUACCUUUGUCGCGUGAUCAGAAGAUCAGUGACAUAAAUAGAAGAGUUCCAAACCCGAUUCGAUGUAGUGUAACCCAGAUUGAGGCAUAG